AUGCUCGCCUCCGCCUUCAAGAACCAGUGCUCGGCGGCUGCGCCCGUGGAGGGCACCCUACGCUUCGACGGCGGCUCGACAGAUGCAGGGAGAGUGCAGGUCUUCUUGCAUGGUGCUUGGGGUAGCGUUUGCACACAGCCGCAGGAGGCGCGGACGGUAGCGGCUGUCGCAUGCCGCCAGCUCGGCUUUGGGUCGGCCACCGGCACGAUGCGGAUGCCCGCUAGCGCUGACGGCCCUAUGUGGCUCACAUCGCUUCAGUGCCGCGGCAACGAGACGAAGCUGACGCAGUGUUUGGGGGCCGAUGGCAAAUGCCAAGACGCGCUUGGUAUCCGCUGCCUUGCAUGCACUGGGGACGCGUGUGCCGUCUACACCGCGCCCGUCACUUUUUCCGGCGCUCUGACUGGCGCUGGAGAAGUUGUGCCCAGCUUCUACGCCGCCAGUGCGGCUCCGGUUCAGAUAGAGCACGCGCUCCGCCUCGAAUGCGCCAGGCGGCUCGGCCCUCGCUCGCGCGUCUCUCCCGUCAAUUGCGACGUCAAACGUUACAAAACGGGGCAACCAGACCGGGCGGACUCGCUGCGGGCGCUGGUGCGCUCGGGCGCGCUGCAAUGGAAUGACGCCGGCAUCCUCCGCCGCCCCCUCCUCGCUGCCCUCAACACCUCCUCGCCUGAGCUCGGCCUCAUCCGCCAGCUCUAUGUCUGCCCACGCGUGCAGAUUGUGUCGGACAUCGACGCCGCCGUUGGCGACCCUCGCAGGGUGUCCGCUCUUCCGGACGGCUCCUCUGCACGCGCCAUCGCCGACGCCCUCCGACGCGACGGCCUGGCUGAGAUAGACGAUUAUGGCCUCAAUAUCAGCGCUCUCUCUACGGUCAUCGAUGAGGCGUUUGCGCAGCCUGACCCCGAAAUCACAUCUGUGGCGUCGAACGGAGCUAGUGCUGCAACACGCGUGCACUUGCCGGCUCUCGCGCCGUUGCUGACCAACAGCACCAUCAUUGAAGCUGUGCGCGCAUACCUCGGGCCAGAUGCUGCGCUCGAUGGCUACAAAGCGGUGCGCCUCGCGCCGAGUGCGAGCGGCGUGCAGAACAUUGCGGGCCUGUGGCAUAACGACCGCGCGGGCCAUCGUCUCAAGCUCUUCAUCCGUCUGCAUGAUGUCGACCCUCGGCCAGAGGCUGGCUGGCACCCAACGCUCGUCGCGGCGGGCUCUCAUGAGGUGCUUCACUAUUCCUUCGAGAGCUAUGAGCACUCUCGCAUGCUCGAUGAGUUUGUGCGCUCAGAGUACACCGUCGCCUCCCUUGGAGGCCCGCGUGGCUCUGGCUUUGUCUUCGACACCAACAGCCUCCAUCGAGGGGUGCCCGAGGGCCUCUUCGCACGGACGGUAGUCGUGCUCGAGUACCACUCCGCCGCAAAGUGCCCCGUGAUCCAGACUCUCGAUCUGCCCAUACCGUGCCCAUCAGGUGAUCAACGACUGCUCAGCGAGCAAGAGAGCCAACUGACCACCGCCAUCCAGCCAACCGGCUCAUUUUACGGCGCCGUCAGCCACUCUGCAGCGGCAGCGAAGACGGAGACGGCCACGAUGGUUCCUGGCGCUGGGCGCCAGGACCAGUGCAUCAGCUGGACGAAUCCAGAUAGUUCGAAGGCAGUGCCGGCAGAGAUCAUGCCUGGCCAUGUCCUCGUCCAGACGGCUCAUGCGCAGCUGCGCCUGGCUCCCCUCUCCUCCUGGGCCUCAGUGGGCCACGCUCUGAGCGCUCGCCCUGGCUGCACGGCCCAAUGGCGCUUCUACUCCUUCGAUGUCAUGCCAAUGGACGGCAACACUGUGUGGCUCAACACCACCUCGGGCCGAGAGGGUAUUUGUCUGCUAGAUGACAUUCUUGGCCGUGUGCCCUUUACGGGCGCGCAUGCUGGAGGCUGCCUUGUCCCUGGCGUUCCCGACGCCGUCUUUGGCGGAUUUCACAUGCUGCUUACCUUCCCAACGCCCGCCGCAUUGGAUGCGAGCGGCGAGCCGAGCUCCACCUCCUCAUCCGCCACCAGCGUCGCAAGCGUUGCGCCAGAGGUGGCACGGCUGCGCGCGCUUGUUCUAAAGCAUGUGAGUGGCGACGACGGUGCAAUGCUAGAGGCCAUCACGCAGGUCGGUGUGCCGGAUCUGCUCGAGAGUGUGACUCGUGCGGCCACUGAGCCGGUCGCCACGAAGCAGGGCGUGACUCUGAUUGAGGCGGUGCUCUCGGCGGAACGCUUCGUGCCGCACUCGCUCAAUGCGGCCGGCCUUCAUCUGCUUCGUGUGCUGCUCGCUGAGCGUAUGGACGACGCGCGCCGCCACCUCGCCGCCAACCACAGCGCCGAAGCCGAGGCGCUCCGGCCGACAUGGGAGCGCGACGGCGUGCUCUUGCUCGAUUUCGCUCAGUAUACCUCUUCGCGAGGCACCGGCAACGAGAAGCUCAACGAGGUGUUGCGCAUGGCUGCCGCCUCGUCGUUGCCUGCUCACACGCUCCACUUUGUAACGCGGGCCGUGCAGCACGUGCCGGCGGACCCGCAGUAUGCCCUACACAUGGACACCUUUCACAGCGUGGUCAAGAUCUGGGUCUACCCAAAGAACAUGACCGUGUCCGAAGGACCGCUGCACGUGGUGCGUGGCUCCCACCGCUGCUCGAGCGCGAAGCUCAGAUGGCUAUACGAGCGGACGAGAUCGAACGCUGCUGACGUCAUCACGGAGCCUUCUCUGCGCUUCGACGCCCAGUCCAGCUCGGGCGCUCAGGCCGCCGCCGCGCUGAAGGCGACCGGCCUCGCGCCGGCGACGCCCAUCCUGCCUCUGCCAAACACCGAGCAAACGAUUGUGAUUGCGGAUACGUCGGCACUUCACUGCCGCGGCCAGGCACUGCCGCACACAUCGCGCACGGCACUGCGGCCGAUGGGUGCGGAGAAUGACGGCGGCGUGCGCCGGCUCAACCCCUUCCGCAGUAUCGAAGCGUAA